AAGACUCCCUCAUCCAUUUCUUGGAGUUCUUGCAUCGGCUCUAAUCCGUGUGAGACAAACACAAAUUGGUUGCAGGACCAAUUCGGGAUGGUAAUUCAAGCACUGACAGUUCCAUAAAAAAGUGCCGAAGAACCAAUUUAAAGGGCUGUCAAGCUGAAUUCAUGUUUGAUUUUGUUGUUGGAAUUCUUACCUCUAAUAGUACUGGAACUUUGAUUUUCUUAUUUCUCUUGGAUGCAACAAUUGUAUUUAUUGGACUUUGAUUGCGCUGGACUAUAGAAAUGCUUUGACCCCUGGACACGAAUGACCGCUAUGUCCUGGCGGGCUGGACAACAGAGUCAGCUGUGUGAGAGGGUGAGCUCACAGCACAGUGGGGAGAGGGGGUAACUGGCUGCUCCAUCGCCACGGACAGACAGUGCAAACACACUGACACACUCAUAAGGCCGAGGGAAGAAGAGAAGAAGAAGUGGAGAAAUUUCCAGGACCAGUAUCUGGUUUUGUGCUUUACGUGGGUCAUCAUAAUAAGGCUCUAUGGGCUAGCAAAGGAAUUUGGCCAUGCCUGUUGCCAUACGUAAGAGGGACUGGGAGGACCAUGUGAUCCCACGCUCAGGACUAAAAUACAGUUAUGAUGACCUGGACUUAGUCUGCUGCCAUGCCAUCAUUGUGGGCCGAGAGAACCCUUUCAGGGGGCGCAGUAGGAUUAGGUGUGCCUCAAUGCCAGAAUGUGGCCGGACUUCAGUGUUCCUCCGGGAUGACGUGGAAGAUAGUCUGAGAAGGAUAAAGACAAAAGUACAAAAUUUAGAGGAUCAAACUACAUCAAACUUUGUGAAGGACCGAUCAUUGAUGCCUAAGGGACAUACUGGAGCCAUAGCACAUGAGACAGCAAAGCAUAUCAGUGCCCGAGAUAGCGAGCUACCUUCAGACCGUGUGGCAGAUCAAGAUGAAUUGCAACAUUCUACCGUGCGAAAUUCGCAAACUCAUGAUGAAGAUCACGACGAUAAGGACCUAAACAAGGAUAAAGUGUCUGCUUCCCAAAAGCUGUCACUUUUGGAGCUUCCAACUGCAGUAUUGGCCCAUAUAGAGGAAGCAAGUGAUUUAUCAAAUGCUUUGAAGACUAAGGGCAAUAUCUCCUUUAACAACUCUGUCAAAGUGGAUUGUUGUGAACUAACUUCUACAAAAAGUGAAACUUCUGUGGAAUUACUUGAAAUCACAGAAUCCAAUGCGAAGGUCACUGCGGGUAGUCGAACUUUAUUACCUGAUCACACGAGUACCGCAAACUCAAUGAUAGAUUUAACUAAACAACCUCCCACUUCGGAUUUACAACAAAAAGCUGCUGACCCAAAAAAUAUUGCGCAAGGACGGUGUUGUGAAACUUGUUCAAGAAGUUGCAAAGUUAAAUGCCCAAACACAAACUUUGCUACUGUAAAUUUACCAUCAACCCUUCAAUUGACUGAUGAACACAGUUUAGAUGCUUAUAAAGAAACUUUAGAGCAUAAGCAUGAUAAAAUACAGGCAAUAAUAGAUAGUGACACUCAAAAGGAUCAUGAGAUGUUAAAGGAUGGUGGCUAUAAUCAACCCGCUGGUGAAACGUCUCUCGUGGAGUCACAUGGAAAAUUUGACACCAUGGAUAUGUGGCAUGACUGCUCCUCAAAGCUCCACACCAUUCAUGAAGGGUCAGGAGAUGAUGCUUCGGCUCAGAUUUUAGCAGAAAUACCAGAACAUCAGACAUGUAUCGAUUUGAGAAGCCAUGGUAAUGACGAGCAUUUAAAAACCGAGCCUUCAAAUAUUAAUCCAUCUAAAGAUCCAGAAAGUUCCCUCGUCAAACUUCGUGCAAGAAAGACCUCACGGGAGGAGAGAGAGAAGGAGAGGUCACGUUUGGAUUCCAUGGUUCUGUUAAUAAUGAAGUUGGAUCAGCUGGACCAGGAGAUUGAGAACGCUCUUAGUUCCAGCUCCUCCCUCAAUGGCACACCAAACCUCAAAAGGGGCAUCGUCUCUGGAGUUGAUUUAGAAAUGCGGGAUUCAACAGGAAGUCUCUCAGCCUCCUCUCAGUCCUUAAACACUCCAAUAUAUCGCUCUUCAUCAUCACUGUCUUCUUCAGGACCCUCUGGGAACUCGGGAGCAAGACCAAAGAAUGAGGUUUCCGCAGUUUUUUCUGAGAAAGACCAAGCUGAAAUUGAAGCGAAGGAGGCGUGUACGUGGCUGAGGGCUGCAGGUUUUCCACAAUAUGCUCAGCUUUAUGAAGAUGGUCAGUUCCCUAUUGAGAUCUCUUCUGUGACUAGAGAUCAUGACUUUCUGGAUCAGGAUGCCAUAGAGGCUUUGUGCAGAAGACUUAACACCCUCAACAAGUGCGCUCUUAUGAGAUUAGAGAUCACUCCUCAAAGAAAGAGGAGUGAGGAUUCUGAUGAGGAUGAGCCGUGUGCCAUAAGCGGCCGCUGGACUUUCCAGCGGGACAGCAAACGCUGGUCUCGCCUUGACCAGCUGGACUUGGACGUGUUCUCUCCUCCAGCUGGAGAAACUGUCUCCUUCGCUACCUUUCGAUCCCAAGAUGAACGUUUUGCCAGAGGACCCCUUCUAAAAGAGGGAGUUAAUGCCAGCUCUGAGAGCGUCUUGACAGAUCUUAGUGAACAGCCAGAUGUGGGCUCUCUGCACAGUGCUGGUAGUGGAGAUCAAGGAGGAUCCCUGAGUACCACUGUACCGUCCAGCCCUGCUACGACCAUCUCUAAUGCUAACACAGCCACCACAACAAGGGCGAGCUCAGUUGCUAGCGUAUGUUCCUCUGGAACGUCAGGUGCCAAUGAAGACUCAAUAUCUGAUGGGCUCCCAUCUCCACUGGAUCGUGGUACCUUUGCGUUUGAGGUAAAACCCAGCUCGAAAAGUACUGGUGCUGAAAAAAGCACACGCUCCAGAGCAAAAAGCUUCAUAAAGCGCAUGGAAAGCUUGCGGCUACGCACCAGCAGUAAUGCGUCAUCCAAACGCAAGAAGAAGGGUGCGGCUGUGCAGGGAAAGCUAGAGAUUAGUGGGCCGGUGAUUAAGGAAGGUCUUGACGAAGAGAAAUUGCGGCACCUCAACUGCGUAGACAUCGCAACUCUAGAUUGCAAUGCGAACCGCACCAGAAGCAUCUCCUAUUCAACACAGACAAGUAGCGGGAGCACAGGGAGUAGCCAAUCGGAGGCCAGCAGCGGGAGUGCAGUAAGUACACCCAGUCCGGUCUCAAGAGCACGUAGUCAUAGCACGGCAGCUGGGUCUACAAAAAGAGGCGGGAUGUACCUAGAAGGCUUUGACCCAUUUAAUUUUGUCGUCUUGCAACCUUCGGGAGACCAGGAAGAGAAACGGAACCACCAGAGUUUGAGAAUGGAAACCAGCACAACCACGGAGCAUAAUAGACGCAACCACCAGAGGUUGGAUAAUAGGCGAAUGGAUGAAGUGGACAGUAGAGAAGAGGAAGGAGGUGUUAUCUUUUUCUAUUUGCCUGAAGGCCACAAGCCUGGCACUUUUCCUAAAGCACUUGCAGAUGGGGCAAGCUAUCCUAGUGGCGACAAUGUAAGCCGCCGUCCACCCCGGAGGGGCUCUGCUGCCUCACUAGACAGUCGAUUGAGCAUCUAUGACAAUGUUCCUUUCUCAGAAGUGGUAGAUGAGGAGGAUGAGGUAGAACCAAAACUGGAGGAUGUGCUGGAACGGGUCGGCGGCCUCCAGCAAUUGGUAAAUGCCUGGUCAGAAACGGGAACUGGGGAGGAAGACGAAGAGGAAGAAGAAGGGGAUUCAGAUUCGGCCCUCGAUUCUGCAUCUCCUUGUCCAUCGUCCCCACUGCAGAACCGCUUGGAAGAGACAGAGAACUGCAGCGAUCAAGAUAGCACUGGAAAUCCACUAACGGAAAGGGAUGAGACGCUCAGCGUGCGAGAGAGAUGUGACUCUGGUGUGGGAGCAUCACUUACACGAACCAACAGACCUCAGAAGCUGCGCUGGCCAAGUUUCCAGAGCUCCCACAGGCCAAGUCUGUCGUCAACGGUGUUACAAGUUGGAUGUCAGUCGGUUCUGCAGAUGAACCUUCUACAGAAAUACAGCCUGCUUAAACUCACCGCUCUGCUGGAAAGACACACACCCACCAACAAACACGGCUUUAGCUGGGCUGUUCCUAAAUUCAUGAAGCGGAUCAAGGCUCGAGACUACAAGGACAGAAAUGUGUUUGGAGUUCCCCUGCAGGUGAUAGUUCAGAGGAGCGGACAGCCCCUGCCCCAGAGUAUCCAGCAAGCCAUGCGUUACCUACGGAGCCAGUGCCUCGACCAGGUGGGGCUUUUCCGAAAGUCAGGAGUAAAAUCCCGCAUCCAAGCCCUCCGCCAGAUGAACGAAUCAUGCGGCACUAAUGGAGGCGGAGUCAACUACGAGGGCCAGUCGGCUUACGAUGUGGCAGAUAUGCUAAAGCAGUACUUCCGAGACCUUCCGGAGCCCCUGCUUACCAGCAAACUGUCCGACACCUUCCUGCAGAUAUAUCAAUAUGUUCCCAAAGAACAGCGUCUACAGGCGGUGAGAGCCGCGGUGUUGCUGUUACCCGAUGAGAACCGCGAGGCCCUGCAGACCUUGCUGUGCUUCCUGAGCGAUGUGACGGCCAACGUGGACGAGAACCAGAUGACCUGCACCAACCUGGCUGUGUGUUUGGCCCCCUCUCUUUUCCAUCUCAAUACGCUACGGAGAGAAAGCUCCUCGCCCAGGGUCAUGAACAGAAAAAACGCCCUUGGGAAACCUGACCAAAAGGACCUGAAUGAGAACCUGGCGGCAACGCAUGGUUUAGCCCACAUGAUUCAGGAGUGCAGAAAGCUCUUCCUGAUCCCAGAGGAGAUGUCACGCUGUCGGAACUCUUACAUGGAGCAAGGCCUGAGUCCCAUGCGAAUGGAGGUACUCGUGGAAAACUGCGGCACAUGUAAUUACAAAAAUCUGCUCAGAGACGGUAUGGACGCCCUGCUGAAAGAAGGCAAGGACAAGUUUAAAGGUUACGACACCUGCUCGACCCCUGAAAAUGCUGAACUUGCAUAUAAGAAGGUCCAAGACGGUUCUUCUCUGCGGCAAUGGAAAGUCUGCGUUGACGUGCCUGCAUCGCCCGAAGAUGUUCUCCAAAGAAUCCUGCGGGAGCAGGAACGUUGGGACGAAGACCUGCUGGAGUGCAGGGUCAUUGAGACACUGGAGCAAAACGUGGAGGUCUACCAGUACGUCAGGAACUCCAUGGCACCUCAUCCACCUAGAGACCACGUAGUGCUCAGGUCAUGGGCAACAGACUUGCCUAAGGGUGUGUGUGCACUGGUAUGCACGUCGGUGGAUAACGAAAACGCAGCCAUGUUGGGUAUUCGCGCGAACAUCCUGACCUCACGCUAUUACAUAGAACCCUGUGGUUCUAGUAAGAGCCGGAUAACACAUAUUUCCAGAACAGACUGCAGGGGUCGCUGCCCUGAAUGGUACAAUAAGCUGUAUGGUCACUUGUGUGCUGCUGAGGUGGUGCGGAUACGAGACUCUUUUACCUGCUUGGACAAAUGAACACACGCACCCGGAGUGUUGACGUGUCAUUUCUCGUAUCAAGAAACUCUUUUUUUAAAGAGAAAGACCACGAAGAUUCCCCUUGUUAAACUCCCUCAACCAUCUGAGCCCUUAAAUGUAAAAGCAGAUGGGAACGGUUCCUAAACCUACAAACUACAAGUCAAAGGUUUUGCUUUCAGACUGAAAAGUUGGAAAUGGGCAUGCCUGCUGCUGCGACAUCAUCAUCACUGAAGUCACAAUGUUUGAUGUCAUAGCGUGACUACACGAGAUGGGAGGUGCUAUUGCUUCCGAGAAGCAAGUACAUGUAUGUGUGUUCGAAUGACUGCGUAAGCUACCAUAUAUGUAUAAGUGUGUAUGAUGUCGUAUGUUAUCUGACGUAUUGUGUGUUUAUGGAUGUAUGAUUUAUGAUGCAUGUGUGAUCAUUGACAAAUGAGACGUAUUCCAUGCACUGGCACCCUGCUGCAAUAUAGUGUUUCUGUGUGUAUGUGCAUUUUGCGCCGUAAUUGUGAUUGCAAAUCUGCACACGGUGCUUUUAUUUUGUUUGCAUUCGUUCGAAUGGACAGAUGGGUGUAGAAACAGAUGUUUGUCUACGGCAAGCUGAGACGGUGGUGGCUGGAACACCUUUGAAAAGACCAAUGGGAAGUCUGUGAUAGAGGAAAAAAACUUGUGCACAUUAAGGAGUUUUGAGGGUUUCAACUGCUACAAACCCAAAGCAGAGACCAAUUUACAAUGGACCAAUUCUUUAAUGCAUAGAGUGACAAUAAAGUAAAGACAAAAGACACCAUACAGGUCAACCAGACAAAUUCUCCUGAACUCAGAGUCCGGAAUUGGUCAAAUCCUAACCAUGUAUCCGUCCUGUUUCCUAAGAAAAGAGAAAGUUCUAAGAAAAAAAGCUAAGCAAGGUUUGACAAAAAGGAGAGGCCGCCAGAAGGCGCAGUUUAGAACAAACUGAUCGGAGGUUUUUAGAGAAUGUAUGAGAGAAGAUGUAAUGUCUGUUUGUUUAUCAGUGUUAAUCACAAAUGAAGUAAAAGUCUAAAACAGAGUAAUAACGCUUGCUUUCACACUCAUAACCCUAAACAGGUUCACAAUAGGAGUGCUUCGGUUUACACAGAACAUUUCGUAAUGAGACUCACAACAGUCUGAUCUGGAAUCAGUUUCCUGACAGUUGUUUUAUUCUGACACGAUGGUUCAGAAGAACGCAGCACUCCUAUUAUGGCGUACGUGCUCCAUGACGUCGGUCCUGAGUUCAACGUCCAUGCUAGAUUUACUACUACUACUUAUGUGCCUGUACACGGCGGUGUAGAAUAUAUGUGUAUAUUGUGCUGCCAAACCAAGAAUUAACGCAUGACAAUGAGUUUAAUUUAAACCUCUCUGUAUUUAUAUCACUCAUAUCGUGUUUUGUAUGUAUCUUAUUUUAUUGUAAAUGUUACACUCUAAGUUACAGAAAUGAGAAAAUUGUUUAUCUUUUUUAUUAAUAUUAUUUCUGUACAGAUUAAUCGUUGGUCAAAAUGCACUAUUAAAUGUAUUAAAACAACAUGAAUCUC